GCCCCGGCCGCCGCCAUGGACUGUCUGUGCAUCGUCACCACCAAGAAGUACCGGUACCAAGAUGAGGACAGCCCCCCCCUGGAGCAGAGCCCCGCCCACCUCCCCAGCCAGGCCAACUCGCCCCCUGUCAUCGUCAACACCGACACGCUGGAGGCCCCCGCCUACGUGAACGGCACCGAGGGCGAGAUGGAGUACGAGGAGAUCACGCUGGAGCGGGGUAACUCAGGUUUGGGGUUCAGCAUCGCGGGGGGCACCGACAACCCCCACGUCGGGGAUGACCCCAGCAUCUUCAUCACCAAGAUCAUCCCCGGCGGCGCCGCGGCCCAGGACGGGCGGCUCAGGGUGAACGACAGCAUCCUCUUCGUCAACGAGGCGGACGUGCGGGAGGUGACGCACAGCGCGGCCGUGGAGGCGCUGAAGGAGGCCGGCGCCGUCGUCCGCCUCUACGUCAUGCGCCGCAAGGCCCUGGCCGAGAAGGUGGUGGAGGUCAAGCUCAUCAAGGGGCCCAAAGGGCUGGGGUUCAGCAUCGCGGGGGGCGUCGGGAACCAGCACAUCCCGGGGGACAACAGCAUCUACGUCACCAAGGUCAUCGAGGGCGGCGCCGCCCACAAGGACGGGCGGCUCCAGAUUGGGGACAAGAUCCUGGCCGUGAACAACGUCAGCCUGGAGGACGUGAUGCACGAGGACGCGGUGGCGGCGCUGAAGAACACCUACGACGUGGUGUACCUGCGCGUGGCCAAGCCCGCCGCCGCCUUCCUCGGGGACGCCUUCGCGCCCCCCGACGUCACCGGCUCCUACUCGGCGCACCUGGACGCGGACCUGGGCCCCCAGAGCUACCUGGGCCCCGAGUUCCCCCCGGCCAUGACGCCCACGUCCCCCCGCCGCUACUCGCCCGGCCCCAAGGACCUGCUGGCCGAGGACGACGUCCCCAGGGAGCCGCGGCGCAUCGUGAUCCACCGGGGCUCGACGGGGCUGGGCUUCAACAUCGUGGGGGGGGAGGACGGCGAGGGCAUCUUCAUCUCCUUCAUCCUCGCCGGGGGCCCGGCCGACCUCAGCGGGGAGCUGCGCAAGGGCGACCAGAUCCUCUCCGUGAGUGGCGGGGGUGAACGGGUGGACCUGCGCAGCGCCACGCACGAGCAGGCGGCGGUGGCGCUGAAGAACGCCGGCCAGACCGUCACCAUCAUCGCCCAGUACAAGCCUGAGGAGUACAGCCGCUUCGAGGCCAAGAUCCACGACCUGCGGGAGCAGCUGCUCAGCAGCAGCCUGGGCUCGGGCAGCGCCUCCCUGCGCAGCGACCCCAAGCGCGGCUUCUACGUGCGGGCCCUGUUCGACUACGACAAGGCCAAGGACUGCGGGUUCCUGAGCCAGGCGCUCAGCUUCCGCUUCGGCGACGUCCUGCACGUCCUCGACGCCUCGGACGAGGAGUGGUGGCAGGCGCGGCACGCUGCCCCCCGGGCAGCCCCCGACAUCGGCUUCGUCCCCAGCAAGCGGCGGGUGGAGCGGCGGGAGUGGACGCGGCUAAAGGCCAAGGAUCGGGUCCCUGGAUCGGGCUCGCAAGGGCGGGAGGACGCGGUGCUGAGCUACGAGACGGUGACGCAGAUGGAAGUGCACUACGCGCGCCCCAUCAUCAUCCUCGGCCCCACCAAGGACCGCGUGAACGACGACCUCCUCUCCGAGUUC